AUGGAAGAUCGUGAGGAGUUUGAAAAUGUAGCUAAAUAUUGGUGUGAUCCAAAAGUAGACUGGGAAUCUGUUCUUACCAUCAAGGGCCCUCAAGGAAGAAUUAAUAGAGCUGUUUGGGGUCCUCUGAAUACGACCAUCAUAAGUGCUGGAGAAGAUGCUGUGGUUCGUAUAUGGGAUUUUGAGACGGGAAAACUGCUUAAAGAGUCAGACAAGGAAUCUGGCCACAAAAAAACAAUUACGGCACUUACAAAAUCUGUAGAUGGUUCUCAUUUCCUCACUGGUUCGCUUGAUAAAUCUGCUAAGCUUUGGGACAUAAGAACAUUGACACUUAUCAAGACGUAUGUAACCGAACGCCCAGUCAACGCAGUUGCGAUUUCUCCACUUCUUGAUCAUGUGGUGCUUGGAGGUGGUCAAGAUGCAUCUAAUGUCACGACUACUGAUCAUCGUUCUGGAAAAUUUGAGAUUCUUCAAGAAGAAAUUGGAGGUGUGAAAGGGCAUUUUGGACCGAUAAAUGCUCUAGCAUUCAACCCCGAUGGAAAAAGUUUCUCAAGCGGAGGCGAAGAUGGUUAUGUACGUUUACAUCACUUUGACCUUGAUUUCUUCCACAUCAAGAUCUAGAUUUGGAGGAUAAAACUUUCACAUUGAUUGAAUGGUGUGGUUGUUUAAUGACACCCAACAGAGAAGCUUGGCUUGGAAAUUGGAAAGUGUAAUGAUGUUAUCAAUAUUGAUGAUUUUCUCGCACAAGUAUCCCACUGAAAGUGUCAACAAUUGAGAGCAUGACUUAAUGAUGAUUUCCCUUCUUGAGGGUUUUUAUUAUUAUUGUUUAUUUUAUGAAGUCAUCUAUUAAAAUUUAAAUCGAGCUUUGGAGGUUCUUAGAAGUAAACUUUAUUUUCCUUCUUCUACAAUAAUUUUGUAGGGUAGGUGUUGGAUGAAGCAAUGCUUAAUUAAUAUUUUGCUUGUUGGAACAUAGUUUUGUAGAAGAUGUAAGAUUCUAUUUAU